AUGAGAGGUGCUCUUCUUUCUCCUCCCUCUUUCCUCCCUUCUCACACCCCCACCCUUCUCAUACACCCCCACCCAUCUCACACCCCACCCUUCUCAUACAUCCCCACCCAUCUCACACCCACCCUUCUCAUACACCCCACCCGUCUCACACCCCACCCUUCUCACACCCCCACCCUUCUCAUACACCCCCACCCGUCUCACACCCCCAACCUUCUCAUACACCCCCACCCCACCCUUCUCACACCCCACCCUUCUCAACCCCCACCCUUCUCACACCCCCACCCAUCUCUCCCCCCACCCUUCUCAACCCCCAACCUUCUCACAACCCACCCUUCUCACACCCCACCCUUCUCACACCCCACCCUUCUCAACCCCCAACCUUCUCACAUCCCACCCUUCUCACACCCCACCCUUCUCACACCCCACCCUUCUCACACCCCCACCCUUCUCACACCCACCCUUCUCACAUCCCACCCUUCUAACAUCCCAACCUUCUCACACAUCCCACCCUUCUCACAUCCCAACCUUCUCACACACCCCACCCUUCUCACACCCCCACCCUUCUCACACCCCACCCUUCUCACAUCCCACCCUUCUCACACCCCACCCUUCUCACACCCCACCCUUCUCACACCCCCACCCUUCUCACACCCCACCCUUCUCACACCCACCCUUCUCACCCCCACCCUUCUCACACCCACCCUUCUCACAUCCCAACCUUCUCACACCCCACCCUUCUCACACCCCACCCUUCUCACACCCCCACCCUUCUCACACCCCCACCCAUCUCACACCCACCCUUCUCACACCCCACCCUUCUCACACCCCACCCUUCUCACACCCCCACCCUUCUCACACCCCCAACCUUCUCACACCCACCCUUAUCACACCCCACCCCUCUCACACCCCACCCUUCUCACACCCCCACCCUUCUCACACCCCACCCUUCUCACACCCACCCUUCUCACGUCCCACCCUUCUCACGUCCCAACCUUCUCACGUCCCAACCUUCUCACGUCCCACCCUUCUCACACCCACCCUUCUCAUACACCCCACCCGUCUCACACCCCACCCUUCUCACACCCCCACCCUUCUCAUACACCCCCACCCGUCUCACACCCCCAACCUUCUCAUACACCCCCACCCCACCCUUCUCACACCCCACCCUUCUCAACCCCCACCCUUCUCACACCCCCACCCAUCUCUCCCCCCACCCUUCUCAACCCCCAACCUUCUCACAUCCCAACCUUCUCACACCCCACCCUUCUCACACCCCACCCUUCUCAACCCCCAACCUUCUCACAUCCCACCCUUCUCACACCCCACCCUUCUCACACCCCACCCUUCUCACACCCCCACCCUUCUCACACCCACCCUUCUCACAUCCCACCCUUCUAA